AUGUCGACGAUAAAAGAGAUCACCUCCGAGGACGAGUGGCGCGCCCACGUCGCCGCCCUGCACAAGGACACCCUGCUCAUCAUCUCCUUCCAUGCGCCCUGGGCCGCCCCCUGCGCCCAGAUGGCCACCGUCCUGCGCACCCUGGCCGCCGAAUACCCCGUCGCCGACCCGCCUGCCACCAGCUGGGUCUCCAUCAACGCCGAGGACCUGAGCGACGUCAGCGAGACCUACGACGUGACCGCCGUGCCCUACCUGGUGUUGCAGCGCAACGACACGGUCCUCGAGGCCGUCAGCGGCAGCAGCGCCGUCAAGGUCCGCACCGCCAUCGAGACCCACGCCAAGAAGGCCGGCGAUGGCGCCGCAACGACAAACGGUGCUGCCGAGAACACUGCUGCGCCCAUGGAGGUCGACGAGCCCGCGGACCCGGCCAAGGCCAAGGAGGAGCUGUUCAAGAGGCUGGGCGAGCUGGUCAAGGCGGCCCCGGUGAUGCUGUUCAUGAAGGGCACGCCCAGCGCGCCGCAGUGUGGCUUCUCGCGGCAGCUGGUGGGCAUCCUGCGCGACCGCAGCGUCAAGUACGGCUUCUUCAACAUCCUGGCCGACGACGAGGUGCGGCAGGGCCUGAAGGAGUACGCCGAGUGGCCGACCUACCCGCAGUUGUGGAUGGACGGCGAGCUGGUGGGCGGUUUGGAUAUUGUCAAGGAGGAACUGGAGAAUGACGACAACUUCUUGAAAUCAUACAGCGUGGCAAAGGACGAGGCGGCGGCAGCAUGA